UCAAGCUGAGAGAAGUCCUCUCGCGAAAUGCAUGAUGGCGGCAGGCACAUCAAGACCAGGUCCUCGAGGAACAAGUCGGCGGCGGCAUAUAGUGGAUGUCGCCGAGGGCCAGAGGCCCACACCGUCACAGUCUCCAAGAACGCUGCCUUCAGUAAUAACGACACGAUCCUCGAAAAAAUUCAAAAAUUCGGAGAGGUACGCAACGACAAAAAGAAAACAGGCGGCGACGGAUGCAGGGGUGAAAAAAAGGAUCAAGCAGUUAGUUCAGUGGACCCGCAAAUGCAAGAAACCGCUGAAAUCCUGG